AUGGGGGCUGCGCGGGGCCGCUUGUGGGCGGCGCUGCUCUUGGGCGCCGUGGCGGCGGCGGCGGCGGCGGCGGCGGCGGAGGAAGGCGGUGCCGACGGUUCCCCUUCGGGGCUGGUGACGUGCGGCUCGGUGGUGAAGCUGCUCAACCCCCGGCACGGAGUGCGCCUCCACUCGCACGACGUCCGAUACGGCUCCGGUAGCGGGCAGCAGUCGGUGACGGGGGUCACAACGGUGGACGACAGCAACAGCUACUGGCGGGUCCGGGGCAAGACAGACACGGUGUGUGAAAGGGGCACCCCUGUGCAGUGCGGGCAGGCCAUCAGGCUGACCCACAUCAACACCGGACGCAACCUGCACAGCCACCACUUCACAUCCCCCCUCUCGGGCAACCAGGAGGUCAGCGCCUUUGGGGAGGAUGGCGAGGGGGACUUCUUGGAUGACUGGACUGUCCUGUGCGGGGGCAGCUACUGGGACCGGGACAGUGAGGUGCGCUUCAAGCACUCCUCCACGGACGUGCUGCUCUCCGUGACUGGUGAACAGUACGGGCGGCCCAUUCAUGGCCAGAGGGAAGUCCACGGCAUGUCCUACUCCAGCCAGGACAGCUACUGGAAGGCGAUGGAAGGGAUUUUCAUGAAGCCGUCCGAGUUCCUGAAGGCAGAAAUCUACCACUCUGAGCUAUGACAGCAUCAAGGUUUCCCCCUCCUCCUCUGCCAACAGCCUGGUGUUCAGGGCCAGCAGGCUCCAUGUUGAUCCUUAGACAGUUGAGGCUGCAGGUGUUGCAGUGGUGCUAAGACGCUGUCCUGUUGUGGGAAUACCAGGACAAAGGUUAUCUGCCACUCCGUGUGCCGCCAUCUGCAACCGCACAACAGUGUUCCCCCAUCCCUCCUUCCCUGCACACCUAUUGCUGAUAUUCAAGCACCCGUGUGCCUGGGAGUCAGCCAUAAAUAAAUGCAGGUUAGUCAAACCGG